GUUUGUCCUUCAGUGAUACACAAACACAAUUGGGAAUUGGAGACUUACAGGGAGCACACAGCACUUGUUCCCUAUAACAGUCUGAUUUAUAGGAGGCUCCUUUAGAUUUUAGGGCUGAUCACUGGAUGCAAUUUCCUUUUGGACAAUAUCAAUGGCUCUGAGAAUUUACUGGAUACUGCUGAGGAUGGUAGCUGUAGAUUAGUCCAGCUGAUACAAGAGGUUCAGGCUAAAGCAUUAAAUGCUGGUUGGGGGAGAAAUCUCUCAACAGUCAUCAUCCCUUUUGUCAGUAUGACAGUCAGAUGAGGACAUGGGAAAAUACAAAAGGCGUGCAUGAAGAUCCAAAUAUAAGAUGCACAAUGCAAAAAAUCUUGUCUGCACAAAAGAUCACUGUCUUGUGCCCAUCAAGUCCAGCUGUCAAUCAGUGAACCUGCUUCCAAAAAGAGGGAAACAAAUCUAAUAUAACAGAAGCAUCAGUCUUAACUAACCAAGCAGUACACAUAAACCCCUAGACUACAGAUGCCUACAGCUAGCAGCAAACUACUAAGAACCUGCCUGAUGUGAAGCAGAAGGGAGAUGCUGUAUAUUGCAAUGUGUGUUUUUCAUGGUGACCCUGCACAGCACCUCAUCCCCUGCUGCUGCUUAUAGUAGAUGGCUGGGGAUCUGGUCACCAUGAGGAGCGCCGCAAAGUGAUGGCUCCCAGCUACCUGCACCUGUUACCCCAUGCAGAUGUCCCAAGGCCCAGUCACCACACACCUCCUAUCGGAAGGAUAAUACCGACUGUUGUUAAAUGAAGCAGCCCCUGCGUCGGUGGACUGGAGAGUGGCUCUCAGGGCUGGAUUGCACUUAAUAAGCAGAAUAUAGGAAGUGUCACAUGGAACUGGUUCAGCUACAAAUGCUCACACCUGGCUCUGAUCUGGAGCCUGCCGGGUGCACGUGGAAUUUCACAGUGGAUUAAACAUCUAGGAGUUUUUAUUGCAUUUGAUGUAGUGCUGGCACAUGUGGAGUUUGGCAAGUGGUCCUGGCUUCUAGGACACAAUACCUAGAGUGAGUUUCUUUGGCUGGGGCUGCAGCAGUUUGGAUGCUGAGGGGGAUCCCAGUGUUCUUGUGGAUUGCACCCCCUCCUAUGUGCACUGUGGACCCCAUGUGCCUGCACUUUGCAGAAGUUACAGCUUGCAGUGACACCUGUUGCUCAGCACACACUCCCUCUCCCUGCACACAAGCACACAUAUACAUUAUAUAUAUAUUUACUGUACAUAGAGUUCCCUGCAAUCUGGGUGAAGGAAGGGGGGGCCUGGACUGGAGGCAGCUUCUGUAGUGACUCCAUGGGAAGAGACCUUUGCUGCAGGACAUUUUGACUCAGAAAGAGACUGCUGCUGCAUGGCUGUGGGUCGGCCAUGGCCGGGUGGCAUGCCCCGGUGAAGCCAGGUUGCCAUUAGCAGGGAGGCACACACAGACACAGGAAGGGAGCGAGGAUGGAGGUUGCCAUGGUGAGCGCAGACAGCUCCGGCUGCAGCAGCCACCUGCCCUACGGGUACGCGCAAGCGCGCGCCCGGGAGCGGGAGCGCCUGGCCCACACGCGCGCGGCACAGCAGCAACAGGCGGCUGAAGGCGGGGGCGGAGGCUGCUCGGGGGGCGUGGCCAACCAAACUUCGGGACGCGCCCCCGCCUCCCAAGGGAACAGCAGCAGCGGCGGCGGAGGUGGAGUCGGGAGCGCGCAGCGCGCCCCCCGGUCCCCACAGGAGUCGGAACAGCAGCAGCAGCAGCAGCAACGGAGAAAGGAGAAGCAGCAGCGCUGCGGCAGGUACUGGCCUCUCAGCGGCUGCAACAGGUGGAGGAGCCGGCAGCGCACAGCGGGCCACGAAUGCCGCGGAGGCGCCGGCGGAGGAGGAGCAGGAGGAGAAAGCGGAGGCACCUUCCCCUCGGAGCUGGCUCCCUGCGGCUCUGAGGAGACGAUGCUGCGGGAGGAAGACGAGGAGGAGGAGGAGGACGGGGAGCCGCAGCAGUACCGGAGCAGCAGCAGUGGCGGCGGAGAGGAGGGCGGCUACCACCCGGCAUACAGCGAGUACGAGUGCUGCGAGCGGGUGGUCAUCAACGUGUCCGGCCUCCGCUUCGAGACUCAGCUGAAGACGCUGUCGCAGUUCCCGGAGACGCUGCUGGGGGACGCGGCGAAGAGGAUGCGAUACUUCGACCCGCUCCGCAACGAGUACUUCUUCGACCGCAACCGGCCCAGCUUCGACGCCAUCCUGUACUACUACCAGUCCGGGGGCCGCCUAAAGCGGCCGGUCAACGUGCCCGGGGACAUCUUCUCCGAGGAGGUGCGCUUCUACGAGCUGGGCGAGGAGGCGCUGCUCAAGUACCGGGAGGACGAGGGCUUCGUCAAGGAGGAGGAGAAGCUGCUGCCGGACAACGAGUUCAAGCGGCAGGUGUGGCUGCUCUUUGAGUACCCGGAGAGCUCCGGGCCGGCCCGGGGUAUCGCCAUCGUCUCUGUGCUGGUCAUCCUCAUCUCCAUCGUCAUCUUCUGCCUGGAGACCCUGCCCGAGUUCCGAGACGACAAGGACAGCCUGCUGCCCCCGCUGGGCUCGGGGGAGGAGGCCCUGGGUGGGAGUUACAAUGGGACCCUGGGGCCACCAGAGAGUAGCCACACCGCCUUCAAUGACCCCUUCUUCAUUGUGGAGACGGUCUGCAUCGUCUGGUUCUCCUUUGAGUUCGCAGUGCGGCUCUUUGCCUGCCCCAGCAAGCCUGGCUUCUUCAGGAACAUCAUGAACAUCAUAGACAUUGUCUCCAUCCUGCCUUACUUCAUCACCCUGGGCACUGAGCUGGGGCACCAGCAGCCGCCACCCCAGCAGCAGCCGCACCCACCAACGCAGGGUACUGGACAACAGCAGCAGGCCAUGUCCUUCGCCAUCUUGAGGAUAAUCCGCCUGGUAAGGGUCUUCCGCAUCUUCAAACUGUCCAGACACUCCAAGGGGCUGCAGAUACUGGGGCACACCCUGAGGGCCAGCAUGCGAGAAUUGGGCUUGCUCAUCUUCUUCCUCUUUAUCGGGGUCAUCCUCUUCUCCAGUGCGGUCUACUUUGCUGAGGCAGACGAGCCCACCACCCACUUCCACAGCAUCCCCGACGCCUUCUGGUGGGCCGUGGUGACUAUGACCACCGUAGGGUAUGGAGACAUGAAACCCAUCACGGUUGGGGGCAAGAUUGUCGGUUCCCUGUGCGCCAUAGCCGGGGUGUUGACGAUCGCCCUGCCCGUGCCGGUCAUUGUCUCGAACUUCAACUAUUUCUACCAUCGGGAAACCGAUAACGAUGAACAGACACAGGUGGCCCCCAAUGGGUCUAGCUGCCCGUACUUGCCCACCAACCUGCUAAAGAAGCUAAAGAGCUCAGCAUCCUCCUCUCUGCAGGACAAGUCAGAGUAUCUAGAAAUGGAGGAAGGGCUUAAGGAGUCCCUCUGUGUCAGGGACAAGUCCGACCAGAGCACGGGGAACGGGAAUGAGACCAUUAAGUAUAACUGUGUGAAUUUAAAGACUCUGGAGACAGAUGUGUGACAAUUUAUUUUUUUUGGAACUUUAUGCUAUUUAUGCAUUGACGAGUGCGGUGAUAUGAAUAUCGAAAUAUGCAAACCUAAUCAGAAAAUAAACCGGCCAGGUUUCUGAUUAAAUAAUGAAAUAUAGUGGCUUCCUCUUGUAAGAACAUCCACCCUUGGGACCAGACAGAUAUACGCAUACACGCACAAUAUUCUUUUAAACAGAAUUACGUUACAGGAAUUACGGUGCCUGUUCUUUGGCUUUGUUUUUAAAGCAACCCAAAUAAAAUAAACAUUGGCAUUAGGCUACGUCCAUGCCACGUAGUAAAGCCUUUCUGAUUUAACAUUAAUCUGCAGCAUUUCAUAGAGUAAAAUAAGUAAUUCCUGAUGCCUUUUUUUUAUUUUAUUUACUACGAGGUACUUUUCCUAAGUAAAAAGAAUAUAUACAUUCUAAAAAAUAUAUAGCUCAUUUUUUGUGUGCGGCUGCAGUGGAUUAAAAGUACCAAGUCGAGAUUUACUUUUCUUUUUUACCUUAUACUUUUUUACUUCCAUGCGCAAAGGAAUUUAGGGCAAUGUUGCAACGCAGAGGAGAGUCAGUUUACGUUAGUUGGGGUAUAGUGCUACUAGCUUGGUGGUCAUACCAUAAGUAGAAUGUUCUUAGAAGAGGAAAAUACCAAUGGUGUGAACUAAAUUUCUUAUAUGUGGAAUCCACUGUCAUUUUUUUUCCCAUCAUGCUAAACAUAUCAUGAAAAAUGUUAGAAUAAAGGGUUUUAAAGUUUAAA